CCAGAUGAACCGCAGUCUCCGCAAGACACUCAACAUGCUCAACUUACUCAACCCUCCACCAGAAGAUCCAUCCACACCCGGGCCCUACGUCUUGUCGCCGUCGAAGGCGCGUCGUAUCGUGGCCCGCAUCAACGGUAUAGAACUCACCCCCCGUCGGCCCACAAAAGGCGCUAAUUUGGGCAAGAGCAAGCUGGUGCCUAGUCCGCGUGUGCAGCCGCCGGAGGUCCUGCAACCGGAGGAAGGCACCCCGAUGACUCGAAGCCGUAAACGACGCAGGUCGGAAUCCGAAUCUGAACCCACGCUGACCGACACGCCGAAGGAUGAAGAGGCGUUCUGGCAGGAGACGCCGGCAAUGUCGGAGGGGUCGACGGUGAGACAGGAUGGCGAGGAUGGAGGAUCGGUGGUGUCAGAGAUGUCGAUCUGCUCGGAGAGCACCGUGAAGGGGAAGGGGAAGGGGAAGGGGAGGGCGGUGUCGCCGGAUGAGGUCACGGUACGCGGCGGGCCACACGACGCAGAGGGCGGUGAGGAGCUCUACAGGCCACCGCCUGGAAGGGCCUAUGUUGGCAGGCCGCCACCAGCAUUGCAAGCAACUGAACAACCUCGUCAGGCCGCUAAGCCUACCAAAGAUUAUUCAGUAGCCAGCAGCUCGCGCGACGUUGCCAUGUGCGAUCGCUCGAUCACACCCACGCCCACAGCUAGGCGUAUGUACGUCGGCUCCAACGUCCCCCUUAAGAUCCAUGACGUGCUCACCGGGGCCGUCGACCACGAUGGCGACGAGCACAUGCGGGAAACGACUCCGACAGUGUUCUCGAUAGAGAUGGACGGACAGUCUAUGUCGAGUGUCGCGACGACGGAGUCGGGAUAUGUCAAGGUCCCAAUCGCUCUUGUGGAGAAGCACAUGCCGUGGUUUCUGAAGUAGCGGGCACGAGCGCCGGGAACUCAAGGAAUCUUGCCCCUGUGCAUUGGUAAGUAUGGGCCUGGUCUCCGUGUUGAGCAUCUAAGUUUCGCCUCUUCCUUUCUCUUGUUUCUUUCCGUUGAGUAUAUGCACUAAAUGUCUUGAGAUUAUAAUCAACAUGAUGUAUGAGACGUACCACG